AUGGCCAAAUGCGACGAGUACAUCCAAGAGACGGAGUUCCGGGCUGCAGACUCGGCCUCCAGGGAGGUUCUGACCGGCAAGAAUAGAGAAGAGCCGAACAUUCUGGAAAGAUUUAUUCAGCCAUGUCUGGUGGAGCUGCUGGGCAGCACGCUAUUCUUGUCUAUCGGAUGUCUAUCUGUUCUGGUCAACCCACACGGAGCGGGCCCCCUGCUUCCGGCCCUGGCACACGGACUCUCGUUGGCUGUUGUCAUCUCUGUCCUUGGCAACAUAAGUGGAGGGCACUUCAAUCCAGCCGUCACCCUGAGCGUGGUCUGCUGCGGAGGUCUCACUCCCAUCCUCCUUGUACCUUAUUGGACAUGCCAGCUAUCAGGAGGCAUGCUGGGAGCUCUGUUGGCCAAGGGCUUGGCGGAUGAGGAGUCCUUCCUGAAUCACAGUGGAGCGGCCUGCAUGGUGGACGGGGGCACUUCCGUGGGCAAGGCGGUUGGAGUGGAGAUAGUCUUCAGCUUCUUCUUAAUCUUCGCUGUGGUGAUGGGGGCGGUGGGGGAGCGUAGCCGGACGCCGCUGGCCUCUUACUCUAUCGGCUUAACCGUCAUCACUGGAAUUUUAGCCGGGGGUUCCAUCUCCGGCUCCUGUCUGAACCCCGCUCGAGCUCUGGGUCCCGCUGUUGUCUCUGGCUAUUGGGAUUACCACUGGGUGUACUGGGUGGGCCCUGCCUCUGCUGCCAUCUUGGUGUCUCUCAUCUACAGGUAA